GCCUUGGCAGUGCUGGGGAAUACUUAAAUUUGAUGAUCUUAAAGGUCUUUUCCAACCUUAAUUCCAUGGUUCUCUACUUGGUCCUAUGUAGUGCUUGGUCCUGCUGAGCCCAGUCCUUUGCAUCCACCUCUGCUGCAGCUCCUGGAUUUCCUUGGAGUUUUCCCCCUCCUCUCUUCAGGAGGUGGAAACGCAAAGGGCUUCAGCCAAAAACGAGAGCUCAGAAUUUGCAUAAUCUUCGUUGCUAUGUUUAUUUCUGAUAAAUUGUGGGACACCACAGAGUGUUCCAGCCACACUUCAUCACAUCCCAGAGAACAGAUUCCAGGGGUCUGGCAGGGAACUGGCAUCUGGAAAACCCUCCUGACAGGGAUUUGGAGUGAAGCGCUGAUGUUCCUUUCACUUUCCGGUCUCCUGGAAACCUUCCAGCAACUCCAAUUAUUCUGUAGGGUUUUUUUAAGGAGCUGGAUGUAUUUUAAGGAUGAGAGAGCGAACUCAGCACUGCCUUGGAAAAUCAGCCACUUCCAGGAUUGAUUACCUGAAAUUCCAGUGGAUUUCAGCAGCCUUUGCUGAGGGUGGAAAGCAUCCCAGCAUUCAGCACCAAUUCCCUUUUAAUUCCACUUUUUAUCCUGGUUGUAUUCCACAUUUCCAAAUCUUCCUCCUUUCCCUUCCCUUCAGUUUCCAUUAACUGCUGCUGCGUGUCCCGAGCUCCAUAAUUAUAAAUAUAAUAUAAUUAUAAAUUGUUAAUUUGGGACGUUUAUAUAAUGUUAAAAAUGACGCGGGCACAGUUUGCACUGAGGCAUUAAACACAAUGAAUUGUCUAAUCCCAGGAAUGGGAUUGGGAAAGAAUGGGAUUGUAAAACCCCAAGAAUGGGAUUAGGUGGUAAGACAUUUAGUCUGCUUAAAUUAUAAAUAGUAGUAGAAGGAAUUGAAGGAGUAAAUUAGUAGGGAGAUGGACUGGGGAAAAAAAUUAAGAAAAUCAAGUUUGAUGCUAAUAAUACUCUUUAUUAUUCUUUCUUUACUCGUUAUGUUGGAGAAAAAAAUAACUGAGCUUCCAGCUGUGUAUCCAAGGAAUACCAGGUCCAGGAUGGAACAUUCCUGCUCGCUCCUGCUGCUCUGUGUUAGUUUUAUUUUUGCACAAGCUCUGCCACCCAAUGGAACUGAACUGCCCAAAACAACCACAACAACCAACUCUACCGAGGAGAACAACUUGCACAAGGAGCUGCUGACUUCGCUGCUCAUUCUGGUGCUGGUGGUCAUCAUUUUCGUGGUGCUGGUGGGGUACUUUUUCAGGUUCAGGAGACACAGGAAAGCCGUGGUGAGCUCCGGAGACAAAAAGAUGCCAAAUGGGAUCUUGGAAGAGCAAGAACAGCAACGGGUCAUGCUGCUCAGCAGGUCUCCCUCGGGCCCCAAGAAGUAUUUCCCUAUCCCAGUGGAAAACCUAGAGGAGGAAAUCCGGAUACGGUCGGCAGACGAGGGGAAGCUCUUUAGGGAGGAGUUUAAUUCAUUAACAUCUGGAUAUGUGCAGGGAACGUUUGAAAUGGCAAAUAAGGAAGAAAACAGGGAGAAGAACAGAUAUCCCAACAUCCUGCCAUAUGAUCAUUCCAGAGUGAUUUUGACCCAAAUUGAUGGAGUCCCACCUUCAGACUACAUUAAUGCAUCAUACAUAGAUGGUUAUAAAGAAAAGAAUAAAUUUAUAGCAGCACAAGGACCCAAGCAGGAAACAGUCAAUGACUUCUGGAGGAUGAUCUGGGAGCAGAAAUCGGCCAUUAUUGUCAUGUUAACCAACCUGAAAGAAAGAAAAGAGGAGAAGUGUUACCAGUACUGGCCUGACCAGGGCUGCUGGACCUACGGGAAUAUCCGUGUGUCUGUGGAGGAUUGCAUCGUGCUGGUGGACUACACCAUCCGCAAGUUCUGCGUGCAGUCGCUCCACGAGGGAUGUAAAGCUCCAAGGCUCGUCACACAGCUCCACUUCACCAGCUGGCCGGAUUUUGGGGUGCCUUUCACACCUAUUGGGAUGCUGAAAUUCCUGAAAAAAGUCAAAUCAUUGAAUCCUGCCCAUGCUGGACCAAUUGUGGUUCACUGUAGCGCUGGCGUGGGGCGCACGGGCACCUUCAUCGUCAUCGAUGCCAUCAUGGACAUGAUGCACGCGGAGCAGAAGGUGGACGUGUUCGAGUUCGUCUCCAGGAUCCGCAAUCAGCGGCCCCAGAUGGUUCAGACAGACAUGCAAUAUUCCUUCAUUUACCAAGCCUUACUCGAGUACUACCUCUACGGGGACACGGAGCUGGAUGUGUCAUCCCUGGAAAAACACCUCCAGACAUCCCACAAUGCUGCACCAAACCUGGUCAAAAUAGGGCUGGAAGAAGAGUUUAAAAAGCUGACCAAUGUGCGGAUCAUGAAGGAGAACAUGAGAACUGGCAACCUUCCAGCCAACAUGAAGAAAGCAAGAGUCAUCCAGAUCAUCCCCUAUGAUUUUAACAGAGUGAUUCUGUCCAUGAAAAGAGGGCAGGAGUACACAGACUACAUCAAUGCUUCCUUCAUAGAUGGAUAUCGGCAGAAGGAUUAUUUCAUCGCCACCCAGGGCCCCCUUCCCCACACGGUGGAGGAUUUCUGGCGGAUGGUGUGGGAGUGGAAGUGCCACACCAUCGUGAUGCUCACUGAGGUCCAGGAGAGGGAGCAGGAAAAAUGCUGCCAGUACUGGCCAUCGGAGGGCUCUGUGACUCACGGAGAGAUCACGGUGGAAAUCAAGAGUGACAGCCUGAUGGAUGCCAUCAGUGUGAGGGAUUUCCUGGUCACAUACAACCAGAGCAACCAGGAGAAGCAGAGCAGGCUGGUGAGGCAGUUCCACUUCCAUGGGUGGCCGGAGAUCGGGAUUCCUGCCGAAGGGAAGGGGAUGAUCGACCUCAUUGCAGCUGUGCAGAAGCAGCAGCAGCAGACAGGGAACCACCCCAUCACCGUGCACUGCAGUGCUGGCGCAGGGAGAACGGGCACCUUCAUAGCCCUGAGCAACAUCCUGGAGCGGGUGAAGGCCGAGGGGCUCCUGGACGUGUUCCAAGCUGUGAAGAGCUUGAGGCUGCAGAGGCCACACAUGGUGCAAACGCUGGAGCAAUAUGAAUUCUGCUACAGAGUGGUACAAGAUUUCAUCGACAUCUUUUCAGAUUAUGCUAAUUUCAAAUGAGAUUCUGCCUUAUUUUUUAAUUUGUCUGUAUAAAUAGUUGUAUAUUAUGUUAAUUUAUUCCAUGCCACUUGGAUUGUUGAGUUAACUGUAAAUACAAUGUUGUGUUGGCUCUAAAAGUUGCAUUUGCUGUAUAAAGUUGUUUCUUAAAUAUAAAUAUCUUCUAAAGCAAAGUAUAAUGUUCCUAUACUGUAUAGCACUGUAAGAUGGGAUAGAAAUCUUUAUUCUAAAUAACAAGAAAUUAAUUCUUGAGGUUUGUUUUCCUUUGAAUUUUGCCACUUAUAAAUAUUUAUCAGUAAUGUUAUCUCCCAGUUCUUGACAUUUUUGACAGGUGAUUUACAGUUCAUCCUAAAAAAAGUGAAUUGUGAUGCACAUGUUUAAACAUGUUUUGUUCACCAGGAAAAUAUGUUCACCAUGAAAAUAGAUAUUUAUUUUAUUUUUCAAGGCUGUUUUGAAGAGCCUCCAGGUUUUGAUGGCAGUUGGAUUUUGAAUCUUACUGUCCAUAGGCUAAAAUCAGUAGAAACACAGAUUAGAAUUUUUGAAUUGACAGAACUUUGAAAGCCCAGUCAGUUUGGUUUUUUUCCCUAAUAUUGUUUCAAUCGAUGUAGAAAGGCAAUAAUGUGAUUUUUUAGAGUAUUUUGCAUAUUUGAAGAGUAUAUUUUGCAGCACCUGAAUUUGUCUAUGUGAAGAAAAAGGCCAGGAAUGGAGUUAAAAGCUUCUCUUCUCUAUAAACACCUGCAUAAUUUCCCACUUCUUUAAAAUAAGAGAUGAACUCUUAUUCCUUGAUUUGACUCAGCAUGAUAAUUAAGAGGUAAAAAUUGGAAAAAACAUUUUAUGAACAGUUUAGUGCCAGAAACAUUGAGUGUUGCAGCAAAAGCUCCUCCAGGUUCUUCCCCUCCCAGAAAUGUUAUCAAAAAAGGACUGUUGCCUUUCUCUAAGGGGUUUAGGGUUGUGUACAGAGAUAUAUUUUUACUGAAAGUACUACUGAGAACAGAAUUGGUGACAGAAAAUAUCAAAGUCUUUAUUACAGCCCUGACCAGGGGUUGGAAAAUCCCCAAAUCACGGGGCACCCGAACGUCGAAUAAUUACCAAGUUUAUCUUUCCCACUCUUCCAAAAGCAUCUCUGACUUAAUGAGCACAGAGGGGUGGAUCUGUAAUUAAUUCCAUAACGAAUAUGCAAUAGUUUUGUCUCGUGCAGCCGGGCUUUUGCGAUGCAACAUCAAAGCCUUAUUUAAAACAAGCAGCUUAAACCGAGCUUUUCCCUGCUGUUCUUGCACUAUUUUAUCCCAUUCCCAUUCCAAUAUAAUCUCAUUGCACCUUGGAGCAAUGCAGGGGGAGGGAAGGUGUCCAUAGGUCUCCGUCCAUUCCAUCCUGGCUGGAAAGGGGCAGGAUAGGAAUUCCUGAGCACCCUAUUCCCACAGUGCCAUUGGCUGCUUCUUGUCUUCCCAUCGCUGCACUCCUGUAUUUAUUUGUACAGUAAAUUAUGCACUUCAGAAAACAGGUUGUUUAAAGACUAAACCUCGCUUGGGAGUCUCUACGAGAAGAAACACUCGAGCCACAGGGUUGGGUAGGAAAGUGAAGCUGAGGAAGGGCAUGUUCCUGCAAUUCCAUCCAAACUGAGAGAGCCAAAACAAAUUCAGUCUGGGAACUGAUACAGAGGGGGUUCAGUCUGAUUUCUAGCACAGGGAGACUCCCAGAGAUUGGAGAAUAAUGCAAAGGAAUUCCCAUUUUCUGAUCCUGAUGUCAGCAUCCUUCCAGCCACUUAGCCCACAUUUGAACAAUAAUUUGUCAGAUUUUUGGGUCCCUGAGGUAAAAACCUGGGGUGAGUUGUCUCCUGAAGUCAGUCUCAGUGCAGGGAGACUCUGAGAGGUUGGAAAAUAAUGCAAAGGAAUUCCCAUUUUCUGAUGCUGAUGUCAGGAUUUUUCUGACCCUUUAGCCUGCAUUUGAAUAAUAAUAAUUUGUGUUUUGGGCAGAUUUGUGGGUCCCUGAGGUUAAAACUGGUGUUGUCUCAUGAGGUCAGUCUCAGUGCAGGGAGACUCCAAGAGGUUGGAGAAUAAUGCAAAGGAAUUCCCAUUUUAUGAUCCUGAUUUCAGGAUGCUUCUGAUCAUUCAGCAUUUGAAAAAUAAUUUGUGUGUUGGGCAGAUUUUGGGGUCCCUGAGGUUAAAACUGGGGUGAGUUGUCCAUGAAGUCCAUCUCAGUGCAGCAGUGAUGUGGUGUGAGGGUGUGGGGGUCCCACAGCCCCCCAGGAGCUUCAGCACAACUCCAGCUGCCCACGGGGUUUACUAAAGGCCUCCUUACAACCAGGAGUAGGAUGGGGUUCAGCUGGAACACCAAAUCCUCAGUGGGUACUCGGAUUUUAGUUGAUAACCAUAUUCAGAUAUGGAGGAGGAAAGAGGAAUGCCUAAAAUAUAAUUCAGAAUUGACAGCUGUAGCUCCCUAAGAUUUUUGUGGAAUUGGAAAAGUUCCCUUCGCAGUCGUGUGUGCUCUGGCUGGAGCUCUGGGGAGCGUCUCGGUGGCUUGGAAUUUUCCUUUGAAUCUGCGUACGUUGCAUGGAAUUCCUUUAAAACGCCAAAUAGUUGGAUUGGAAGUGUCCUUCUGAUCUGUCUGUGGUUUUGGUCACUGUGUGACUUUGACUGUUCAUGUGUUCAGAAGGUCCCAGCUCACCUCAGCAUUUAAGCGUUCGCUUCCCAGCAUCUUUAUCCCACUUAAUCCAUGGGAGUGCCAUGGGUUCCGUGUUCCCGAAGCAAUCCCUUAAGUGCUUGGCUGAUCUGGGCCGUAAUGAAGAAUGCAUACUGUAAUUAGCAGUGUUUUUUAGGCUAUUUUUAUGUAUUUUUUAAACUUUUAAAAUGAGCCUGACCACCCCAUGUUCAGUCUUUUGAAACGUUUGCGUUUCCCUCGUCCCAUUUUUCAUGUAAAGUUAAUAACCAAAAUGUAUUUAAUUUGUCAAAUCUUUAUAACAUAUGUAUGUAUUAUACAGUUUCAGCUAUUAUUAUUUUCUUUUAUUACAUUUCUAAUUUGAUCUUGCUGUGUUUUUAAUGCCGGUGAAUGUGGCUGAAUUAUUUGUAUAUGCAAAUUGCAAGAUCUAAUACAUUCUGAUGCAAGAACAAAGCUUCCUUUUUAUUCUCCACCUGCAUUAUUUCAUUUAAAUCUUUUAAUUUCA